UACGGUACCGGAUUAACAUCAUUCUAGUCGCGUGCGCAUUACCUUGGGCGCAGCAUCCCACUCUAGCAACUAAGCGGUGCACACGGUAGUGCACAAAGGAUAGAACGAAACCUGCUGGCGCAUAAAGAGUGAAAAUUCAGCGAAAAGUGUGACCUGUGUGCAGCGAAAUUUCCUUGUAGCCUUAAAAUCUAGAUAUCGGGCUGAUUUGAAUCAAAAGUUAGUACAAUACGUUUCAAUUCGAAAAGAAGUGUGUAAUAUUAGGUUAGGUUAGAGAUGCAUCGAAAUACAAAAAUCGUUUAGCACCUGGGUGAAGCAGCAAAAGCUCGGAAAAAUCCCCAGAAGAUAUUUCAGCUGCCAGUGUAGCGGUAUAAGCGGCAAAAAUAACUUAACAGCAACGAGUGCCCUAGAAAGUGAAUCACGUCGCAUUUUUCAUUACUAUAUCAUCGAUUUUGCAAUUAUGUGAAGGUGUGAUCAUUGUUUUACCGUAAUUGCCGAAAAAUGAAAAACGACGUCAAGUGAGGAUCGAACAGUUUCUUUCGCGCAAUUCGCUCAGAGAAGCUGCCAAAAUAGUGAUCAGUUUCAUGGCCAUACAGGUGCAACUAAUGUCAGUCAAUGCUAGUGACAAGUGUUGUGGAUCAACCCGUUAGAAUAAGUGGAAUCGAAGUGUUCUGCGGCAGCAGGAAAUCUAUUUGAAAAAUUGGUUUCUUCUUCAUAACGUAUUUUCUACGUCGAAGGAGCUAUUUAUAAACCAUAGCAUAGCCGACAUCGUCGGUAUAUGCCCGUCCUACUCUAUACUAUUGUUACGCAAUAUACGCGGUGGUCUGCCGUUCUGCUUGUACUAUAAACGACGACGACACAAGAUCGCUGUUUUCGCGGUCAUCACAACCGAGGAACCCACUGUGACCAGAAACCAGACGAUGAAGGUACAUGAGUAUCUGCUGCUUAUGGAAAACUUGUGUACAUGUCGACACGUGUGAAGAAAAAGUGAAAAUUCACGAUUUACUGGGUGAAAGAACAACUUCUCGUGCGUUUUGAUCGGAGCCACUCAUAAAGUAUCCGGCAAUAGAAGUUUACGCUACAAGUCGAUAAUCCAAACAAAGUGAAGGAAGACAAAACAACCUUGCUACACACAUCAGGGAGAAAAUGCAUUUCGGAAACCUCACUCCAAGUAGUUAAUUGUUUGUCCAAGAAACAAUGGUUAUUAUUGACUGUUUCGGCUAAGAAAAACCGGUACGAUAAUAGUUUUGGUGCGAUAGCCAUCCUGUGCUUAACGAAUUCAACACCAGAUAGUAAAUAAUGGUGCUUGUUGGCCACGAUUUUUACGACAAUAAACACGUUGAGAGUGCCUAACAUCUGCACAAUGUCGCAUCUAUUCCCUAGUGCGAAGGGCGAUCAGUUAUGCCCUUUGGGGUUUCAUCCUCAAGUACGCUGGCCUACACGUUGCAAACGUUGUUUUCGUGACUACAAAGAACACGGUAAUAAGCGAAAUGGUGAAGAUAUCGCAGCUUCAACACCAAUCCUACAUGGCUCAUCCCAAUCGCGUCGCGAUGGUGGUAGCAGCACGAAUCUGGAUAACCCGGUGCGAAGUUGGACAUCAACCCAAAACCUGUAUGUGCCAGGACCACCGGGUGUACCACAGCGACCCGCUUCUUGGGCUUCAACACCGGAUCUGGACAACAUAUUGCAAAAUGUGAAAGCAGAUUUCACCGUAAAUCUAACGCUUCCAAGGCGGAGGCAUACUACUACAUUCGAAAGUUUGGAAGACCUGGAAACGACUGUCACUCUCAAAAGACCACCGCUCCCGCCAAUUCUGAAGGUCGAACCCAAGAAGGAUGAUUCCAAAAAAGAGUUGGAAAAGGCGGAAGACCAAGGAAUCAUAAUAGAAAAAGGAGACUCUUUGGCAGAACGAGUACGCAAAAUGAAUUUGAUUAAGCGCCAAGGUAGUUCGGAACGAGAUAGCCGGGAACGAUCAGUGCCACAAAAGGAGGACAAUGAACCAGCACCGACAGUAAAAACUGCAUUAAAACCGACAAAGGAAAAUGAACCAGAAAAAGUAGAACGAAAGCGUCGUAUUAAACCCAUUCCAGAAACGUCUGUACAAGAACCAGCGAGUAAGCCCCAAUUAACGUUGAGCAGAACGACCAUCACAUCUACAAAACCUCUAGCUAGUACUAAUACAUUGGCGAGUGUGAAGGAGAAACAGCUUGCCAAACCGUCCACCAGCUCUGAGCCAACGAAAGAUUCCACAAAAAUUAUUAGGCGUAGACGUGUUGACCUAGGUCCUUUCGAUUCACCAUCAAAACCAGCUACCACCCCCACUCUUCCAGUAAUACCGCAAAUUCCAAAGACAAAUAAUGAAUCUCUCAACAAUAGCAGCGAUGAUGUCAAAUUUCUGAUCUCCAUCAAAGAUAACAAAUCGAAACUAGAUGAGGAUUUGCAUUCAAUUACAACUGAAACGACCGAGACCACAAUUGUUGAUCACAGUGAUAACCAUGAGCUUCAAGAGGAAAUAGAAAGUUUGAGGCGAGAACUAGAGACUGUGAAAGCACGCUGUGACCGUGCAGAACGAGAGAAGAGUGAUAUCUUACUGCGGCGAUUAGCUUCCAUCGAUACGGGGUCGAACAAAACGGCCGCCUCUGAGGCACUUAAAUUACAGCAAAAAGUUAACGAACAAAAACAGUUGAUAGAUGAUCUUCAGGACGAAAAGAAAUUUCUCUCAGCAAAGGUCAAAGAACUGGAAUCUGAUAGAAAAGUCCGUGGGGUGAAAAAUGUUGAAGAACAGCUGCGACAGAAACUAGAACAGGCAGAAACUUUGUGCGAAGAGUUAAUGGAUGAGAACGAAGAGAUAAAGCGAGAGCUACGAAACAUGGAGACAGAAAUUGAAGAGAUGCACGACAACUUCCGGGAAGAUCAAGCAGAUGAAUAUGCCUCGUUGAAAAAGGAGCUGGAUCAGACUACAAAGAACUGUCGUAUACUUUCAUUCAAACUAAAGAAGUCGGACCGAAAAAUUGAACAGUUGGAAUCAGAGAAAGCUGCUCUCGGUGCCAAUACAGAUCUUGCUGUGAAAGUAAAACAACUGGAGGACGAACUGAAAAUCGCCAAUGAAGUUUCUCGCCGCCUACAAUCCGAGCUAGAGCAAACAGAAUCGAAUCCAUCGACUCCUACUAAGAAAACACCAACGCUGGGCAAAAUAGGUAAAUCAACAUCCGCAGAUAACAAAAUCUCUCGUUCGUCCCUAACCCGUGGUGGAUCUCAAGAAGAUCCUGUCCAGUUACUUCGCGAUCUUCAGGAUUCAUUGGAACGAGAGGCAGACCUGCGCGAGCAGCUCAAAUACGCCGAAGAGGAGGCUGAGAAUCUCCGACGGAAAUCAUCCAGAGUUGAGGAUGACAAUGAAUCCCUUUUGAUGCAAUUGAAAAAAAUGGCUACUAAGGCGAGAACAAAAAGUUUCUUUAAUACAGGUAGAAAACUCAGCCCCAGUCCACCAAACCGAAGGCUAACGGCGGAAACCCCGUUGGAAAAAGAUGAAGGAAUUUCGGAUGAAGACGAUCCAGCGGAGUUGCGGUUGCAGCUUGAACUGAAUGAGCAAGAAACGGCGGUGCUUCGACGAAAGAUAGGGGAAUUGGAAGUGGAAAACAAACGCAACCGGGAGCAUGUGAAGGAACUUCAAGAGAGUUUGAUUUCAAAAACAAAAGAAAUGGACAAACAAAGCAAGUUCCCGUCGUUACUGGGUUCGAAAAGCAAAGAUCCUCUGGAUGGCAAGAAAAUCAAAGUUAUGGAGGAUGAGAUAAACGAGCUUAGAAAAAAAAUUAUAGAGAAGGAUCGCGAAGUUGAGCGUGUGCAAUCUGAGUUGAGUCUCGCUAAAACUAAAGGUGGAAAAGCAUUGGCGAAGGCAAAACCUUUAGAUGCGGCGACGGAUCAGCAAGUUGUAGAUCUCAAACGACAGCUGCAGGUUGUCGAACAAGAAGCAACUGUAUUGCGACAAAAAACUCAGCACUUAGAGCAAGAAAAUGAUAAAUACGCGCACGAACUGAAGCAACUACAGAGUAAAACAGAAAACGAAACAACAGCGACUAAGAAGCUGAAUAGCACUAUACAUGAUCUGCAGAAGGAGAAGGACGAACUGGAGGCUAAACUGAAACGAAUUGUCGAACAGUCCUCCUCGGGAUUGCCAUCUAGGACACCCAAAAAUCCGACGGAUAUGCAUACGAAGUUGCAACUGAAGAGAAUGGUUGAUGAAUGCGAGAAUGAAAUUGCCGAGUUACGUGCUGUUGUCGGCCGAUCGGGUGCCAUGAGCAUAUCCGCAUUGGAUAAUGAGAAAAAGCAAUUACAAAAACAACUGGACGAAUCGAAGGAGCAAAAAACAAAACUGGAAGCGGAACUAAAGAAACUUGCAGCUCCAAAAGUGUCCGCAGAGUUACAAGCGAUAAAACUAAGCGAAGCACAGCGAACGGUUCAAAAGUUAGAAGACGAAAAUAGUAAACAAAACGAUAAAAUCAAGAACCUAGAAGAAAAGAUAGGAAAAAUCACCACGACUAUGAAAACUGCUGAAACUAGCAAAAAUCAACUAGAAACGCAGUUGAAAUUGGAGAAAGAGAAAAACAUAACUGCAGAGAAAAAUUUCCAAAAACUCAGUAACGAAAAACAAGAAAUGGAGAGCAGGAUUGAGGAACUCAAGAAAGAUUGGCUUCAAGAGCAACAGAAAGCAAAAUCGGCAAAAGAAAACUUGGAAAGGCAGCUGGAAGCUUUAAAACGACAGUCAUCAUCACCAGAUCCUUUUGCAUUAAAGAUACGAGAGCUUAGCCAGAAAAAUGAUGAUCUAAUGAUGAAAUUGGAAGAGGAAUCCAAAAAGAACCAGAAGCUCUUUGCCAAACACGAAGCUCUUGAGGAAGAUCACGUCUUACUGAAAGCUCAAAUAGAAACAGACAAAGAAAAGUUACAAGAAUUAGAAGUUCUUAGAAGAAAGCUUCAACAAGCAGAUACCAUCGAGACUCGCCUAGUAAAAGAAAAUACCAAUCUCAGCCGACGGUUGGUAGAAAUGCAAAAGAAAAUCGCUGAACUGGAGAGUAACGCGGAAAGCAGAACUGUUGGUUUGGAGCUCGAGAAGAAUCGAUUGAAAAGCGCGCUGGAAGACAAACAGCGGGAAUACGAGCAGCUACUAAACGAAAAUGAGAUGAACGGAUAUCAAGUGUCUCAGAUGCGGAAAGAUAAUGAUGAUCUUAGAAGUAAACUGGAUGAUUAUGAAAGAAUUAAUAAAGCACAGCGAACCUUAAGUGAACAUAAUUCCCAUUUGGAGCAGGAACUCAAAAAACUUCAUUUACAAUUGGAAACAGCCGAAAUGAACGUCAAAUCCGAAGUAGCUGCAACCCGCCUACGCUAUGAGCAACAAGUUACCAAUCUUCACAACGAGUUGACCGGCUUACAACGGCAAUGCGAAAGGUUUAAGCGAGAUCGAGAUACGUUCAAGCAACUGGUAGAAGCAGCUCAGAAGCAAAUCGGAGACAUGAAGGCGAAUCGACGCAGUCUAGCAUCGGUGACGAGUAGCAGUGAUGAUGAUGACAAGUCGAAAAUCGUCGCCCUGGAGCAACAGAUUGGCUGCCUGGAGGAUGAGCUUAGUGAGGCACGUUUGGAAGCCAGCAAAGUAAGAACGGAACUAAUUUCGGAGCUUAGCGCUUCCGAGAUAAAAAUAUCUGAAAUGCAGUCCAAGAUUAACGAACUUGAAGAAGAGAAGAUCAUAAGUGGAGGUAAAAGCAAAGUUCCUGGAACGAAAACCAGGUUAGAGCUGUCAUGGCAAAAGGAACGUGAAGAUCUGCAGCGAUUAGUGCAGGAGACGUCAACCCUUGCCAGAGAUUUAAGACAGACAUUGUUUGAAGUUGAACGGGAGCGGGACAAGGAGAAACUGGAGUCCCGCCGUAAGAUAGAUCAAAUUAAAAAGACUACCGAAGAAGAAAUCGAAGAAGGCAGGAGAAAGGUAACGGAACUACAAAGCGACCUACUGGAGUUGAGGGAUGCUCAUGCUAAGCUAAGAACCGCCAACGAAAAACUGAGACGAGAUCGAGAGAGGUACGAACGUGAACGAGAAAGCACUGCUCGACGAAGGUUGGAAAUGGAAGGCGAUCGUAGAAUUGCAGCGGUGUUGCAAAGCGUUGAUGAGUUGAUCCGUAUGGCCCCUGGUAUUCCAAAGACUACUGACAAACAAGACUCUAUCGUAACAACUACAAGCACAGGAAAGACCAUCAACGCAAAUGCCCCCAUUCCAACACCUCCCAUGCGUCACAAGAGUCCCUCGCCAGGACCAGGAGGAGCACCAUCGCAACCGAAAACGGUAACGUCAGUAUUAACAAGGUUAGCCGAGGCAUCUGAGGACCUUAGACGCUACCAAAGGAUGUGCGAUGAGGAGAAAGACAGAGAGCGAAUGCGGCGUGGUGGAAUGAGGCGAGCUGCCUCCCAAGAGAAUGAAGCUGCCGAAGGUCAUACAGGUAGACCCAUGAUGAGAAGUUUGUAUAAGAAAAGUUUGUCAUUAGAUCAAUCCCUGCAAAAUGAACAGCAAGGAGUAAGUAAAAUUAUGAUUAAGAUAUUAUCAAUUUUUAACUUUGUUUUGUUGCAGCUAAUUUGGAAAGAAGGAGACGACAGUAUGUCCUCGUUACAAUCUCUUGAUUCCGAGUACGGAGCAAUGAAACAUAGGGAUUCAAGUAUGGAUUCUCGUUUGUCGGGAGGAUCCACGCAAAGUGAUAUGCCUAGGAUGAGGAAGAAAAAACGAGGACUAAUGGGAAAACUACGUAGUUUGAGCCUCACUAGAAACAAGGGCAGUGAAAGUGAUUUUUCGAUCCAAGGAUCCGAUUCGGACCUUAGCAUUGCGGGUGAUAUUCGUUCUAGCAAAAGUAAUUUGAAAGGCAAACUAUCCGGUAUGUUUAAACGAGCAGGAUCUGCAUCUAGGGCUGGAAGUAACGACUCGCUAGACCGUGAAGCACACAAACCGGUGGCUAUUCAAACACUAGGAAAUGGGCCAACUGCAAUAGGACAUCCUCCUAUACCCCGGCCAGUUUCCAGCAGCACACCACAUUUGUCUAGGCAAACUGGGAAACCUCCGACUCCCUCUUUAGUACCAGUGCAACGGCGAAGAGUAGCGCAACCGAAUCCCUCUCAACCCGGCCCAUCUAAUUCCGGAACACUACCGAGAUGAUCAUAUUCAAACAAAUAGUUUGUGGAGUUUUUUUAGCCCUGCGACCAAGGAAAUGACGAUACAAUUUUCCAUUUCAUUGCACGAUUUUUGUUUCAGCCGGUGAAAAUUUGUUAAAAUAAAAAACAAUUAAAAUCAA